GUUGUUACUUGUAGAUUUGCAUGGUAUUGAUGGUGUAACGCUUUCUUUUUCGAUUGUUUUGCGUCCUGGGUGACUGUCUUUUGUCAUAUAUGCGUACACUUGACCGUCGCUUCGCCGAGUAAAUUUUUUUUACUCUUGAUAUUGGACGUGCGGUGUGUAAUCUUCCCGAUUAUGUUUCUUUUUUUAUUUUUAUGAAAAUUCGGGGCUGUGGAAUUUAAUUUGCAAGAAUCUUAGAAACAGAACGCCCCCAAAAUGGUCGACCGACUUGUAAACAGUGAGGCGAAUGCCCGCAGAAUUGCAACUGUUGAGAGCUGUUUUGGAGCAAAUGGUCAGCCCCUAGCCAUUCCAGGACGUGUUUUGGUUGGUGAGGGCGUUGUCACAAAAAUGUGUCGCAAAAAACCGAAGACUCGCCAGUUCUUUUUGUUCAAUGACAUUUUAGUGUACGGUAACAUUGUUAUGGACAAAAAAAAGUACAACAAGCAACAUAUUAUUCCUUUAGAAGAAGUCAAACUUGAAAAUUUGGAAGAUGAUGGAAUACUUAAAAAUGGGUGGCUGAUUAGAACCCCGACAAAAUCAUUUGCUGUAUAUGCUGCUACCGCCACAGAAAAAACAGAAUGGAUGGCUCACAUCAAUAAGUGCGUGGAAGAUUUGUUAAAAAAAACUGGUAAAAAACCAUCUUUAGAGCAUGCUGCAGUUUGGAUACCAGAUGCAGAGGCCUCUAUUUGUAUGCAUUGCCGGAAGACACAGUUCACUGUUCUGAACCGCCGACAUCACUGCAGAAAGUGUGGUGCAGUAGUUUGCAAUCCAUGCUCCAAUAAAAAGUUUUUGCUUCCUGCUCAGUCUUCUAAACCCUUGCGUGUAUGUCUUAGCUGCUAUGAUACUCUUACUAAAGCUCGUGCUAAUCAAGGUGACUUGCCUGUCAAGCCUGCAAAUAAAUCUGUCAAUCAAGAUUCAUCAGGAGAAGAUGAUUCUGAGGAUGACAUUGAUGAUGGUGGAAAGAAUGAUGAUCCUAUCAAAGGCUUAGAUAAUUUAUCCAUAGAUGAGAAGCCUACUUUUUAUAAUGAUUCGGCUGAGCCUCCGUCCGACAGUACAAGCCCAGCUACUUGCGAUACAUCUAAUACUCCUUCAAGUAAUGAUAAUGCAUGCUCUGGUGGUACUGAUGCUCCCACUGAUACUGGAUGUUCUGGUGGGGAUUCCUCUACAUGUGAUGCGGGAUCCACUUCAUGUGAUUAAGAGUUAAGUAUAUCAUAAUGUAAUCAGUGAGAUUAAAUAAUAUGUCAUGAAGUUCUCAUUAAUACAUUUGAUUGACAAUCUUUAAUUUAUGUGUACCAUAAGUGCCUUACUGAUCUGAAAAUGUGUGGGUUUAUGUUAUGUUUUUCAAUUUUAGGUGUUAAAAGCUUUUAUACAUAAUGUUAUGAUGUCUAAGUUGCUGGUAAUGAUAAACUUCAGUAUUUUGUCUAUAUUCAUACAAUAAAAUUUUUGUAAUGUUUGAAGUUUUAAUAGAACUAUUUACAUAUUGUUGAAUAGAACUUGCUUGAAUUUUAAGUUCUUAAUCCAAGUGUUUUGUUCAUUAUUAUAUAUUUAUCACAAGUUUCAAUGUCAAUUCUGAACAAUUUCCACUUUGUUUUUUAUUCAUAACAUUAAGAAUACUGUUAAGUUAUUGCAUGCUGAUGAUUGACAUUUGGUAAUCUUUCAAGUUUUUGUAGUUUACAUGUUCACUUUUUAUUUGUUGAACUAUAAGUAUUAUUUUUAGGCUUGAUGGAUUUGCUCUUUGUUUUUUUCAUAUAAACUGAUUUAUUGUACCAUUGCUCCGUAUAGUCUUAAAAAGUUAAUAUUAGCUUUGUGAGGAGAAAAUAAAAUUAAGUUUGUCAUUGAUAUGCUUGAAGUUAAAAUCUUUAUCAUUACAAGAAUGCCAUUUUGCCUUAAUACAAGUUUUUUAGAUACUGCUUGCAAUACAUAUUUAAUAGUUUUAUAUUUGUUAUAAAGUGAACUUUUUGCAACUUACUUGAAGUUAUCAGAUUGUUGUUUUUUAAAAAGUAUUACACUAAAAGCAAGUUUUAUUGUUAGAAACAUUAGAAUGCCUGUCGUCUUAAUUUUUCAAGAAUUAUCUAAUAAUUUUGAAGCAUUGUGUAUUUUUUAAGAGCUUAAUGUAUAGGAUGAGUAGAAAAUGAAACUUAUGUUUUGGUCAACUGUUAUUACAAAAAUGCUUCAAAUUAUUAUAUAAAUGUUGCUUUUAUGUCAAAGGAUACUUUUGUAAUUGAGUAUUUGAACCUGGAUAUUUCUUUAAAAGCUUUGUAGUUUUGAUGAACUUUAAAUUUUAAGAGUUGUUGCUUUAUAUAUUUAAUUUUUUGAAGAUAAUUUCUUUAUUAAAACUUUUUAUACUGAAAUUAAUCUAAUGAUCAUAUGAAAUGUUUUUAUAUUUAAAAGUUAAACAAUGUUUCAUUACUAAAAUAUUGAUUUUAAGCAUAAGUUUUAUUUUUUAUUCUUAAUAUUUUGAAUAAAAUUUAUAUUAAAAUAUUUAAUAUAUAAUUUUUAGUUUAUGUACAAAAAAAUGGAGUUUUGUUGUUUAUCAAAAUAGUUUUGUUUUAGACAUGCUUAAUAUCGCUAAUAUAAAAUUAACUGCCUUUUUCUACUUCUGGAAAUUCUUUCUAGAAAAUCUGAAUUUAAUAUUGUUGUUAAUAAUUUAACUGUUUAUAUAAUUUGUUUGAUAAUUUAAAUCAGUAUAAAUAUAAAGUAAUGAAACAUUGAUAGCUUUUAGGCAGUUCUACACUGCAAGUGCCUUUACCGAUUUGAAAACUUUUUUGUUUAACUUCAGAUUUUCUAACUUUUUAUACAUAGUAUUAAAUAGUUGAUAAAGAGUCAACAGUAUUUACAACCAACUAUUUUUCAUGUUGCAUAAAAAUUUUUCAGUAUUGAAUUUUUUAAAAUUGUUCAUUGCCUAAGAGGUAAUUUCUUCACCUUUGAUAAAGUGCACUUUGUUAUGUUAUCAGUUGCAUAUGCCUCCCAUAUGAACAAUAUUCUUUCUGCUUUUGAUAUCUUAUCAAUAGCAAAGUAAAUCUUCAAGGGUAAUGAUUAAAUUAUUACUUGUUAGUGAUUCAGAUUGUUCUGGAACAAUCUUAAGUGAAAUAUUUUUAAUGAUUAGCAUAUUUUUAAUCCAAUAUUUUGAUGUUUGUGCAGUUCUAAUUUAAUAAAAGUUAUUUAUAACUGA